AUGCCUGUCGCCAAUCUCCAUCUCCUGCACAUUAGCCCAGCUCUGCCAUUGAAGAGCGCUCUACAGGUUCUCUCGAAGACGAGCCCUGCUCCGCUGACACUCUCCGUGCCAGUGCGAUGGAUGAUCACGCCCAAUGCGCUCUCAAAUGCAGCACCGUCACCACUACUGAAAGUGCCCUGGUCGAUCUUGCUGAUUACCCUCUCAUCUGACUUACCGUCGGCAAUCACUUCAAAUCUCAUCGACCACUACCACCUGCGCGUCGGCGUCCCUUCUCGCCUCAUUGACAAUUUCAAAAGCAAGAAUGAAACCCUGCUUCACCCAGAGCCUUCGGACGUGCCAUCACUCACUGGAUCAUUGGAUUCGCCACGGUUCGGAAAAACGAGUCAGACGAUCGAGCUGACUCCCGAUGUUCUACAAUGGAUCCAGUCGAUGCAGUCCCGGAGCGAUUCGUGGCGGACGGGAGCAAUAAGCAUGCUUAACCUCCUAGCCUUCAAAGAAGGCCUAGAGUUCAAGGAGAGCUAUCUCAAGUACGGCAAAGCCUUUGGUGAAGACAUCGGGAAGAAGAGAGGUGGCACUGCGAAAUUGGUCGGAAACGUGAUUCAACCCACAGCUUCGAAGGGCAAAGGCACCUCUCCAGAUGUGAAGCAGCAAGCGAAGGAAUGGAGCGGUGUUGCACGUAUCGGCGACUCCCCAAACAAAGGCACCUCUCCAGGCGUGAAGCAAGAAGCAAAAGAGUGGAGCGGCAUCGCACGUAUCGGCGAUGACGCGGGCUCUUCAUCCAAUGACAACACGCAAGACCGCAAAUGGGACGAGUUUGCGCUCGCACACUACCCAUCGCUCAAACACUUCGCGGAUAUGGUUGGGAGCGAGGAUUACCAAGCUGUGAAUCUGAAGAAUCGUGUGCCGGCACUGGCGGACACGUGUAUCUUGUUUACUAGUGAGUUGCUCGCGCAGGAAAUUUUGGCAGCGGACGACGGGACGGGUAAGGCGAAAUUGUGA